AUGGAAAAUCAAACUAUGACAACAGAGUUUAACCUCUUGGGACUCUCCAGUGAUCCACAUCUACAGGUUGUUCUCUUCCUGAUCUUUCUCACAAUUUAUGCUGUGACAUUAUUAGGAAACUCUGCAAUCAUGUUGGUGAUCAGGUCCGAGGUGAGCCUUCACACACCCAUGUUCUUCUUUCUGAAUCAUUUGGCCUUUGUCGACAUCUGCUAUUCAUCAGUCAUUGUCCCCAAGAUGUUGGAAAACACCAUAGCAACAAGCAAAACCAUUUCCCGGGAAGGAUGCAUUGUACAGAUAUCCUUCUUUUUUGAGGCAUCCUGUUCUGAGGUUUUCAUUCUGUCAGCGAUGGCUUAUGACCGAUACGUUGCUAUAUGUGACCCUUUGCAUUAUCGGACAACCAUGAAAAAAGCAAUCUGCAAGCGACUAGUGGGUGGAUCCAGGGCAAUGGGGUCCUUGAUUGCUGUGGUGAACACACUGCCAUUGGCAAAUCUUGAUUUUUGUAGGAACAAGACCAUUCACCACUACAGUUGUGAGCUUCCUACAGUCUUAGCCUUAUCUUGCACUCCAGCUCUCACCAAUUACGUUAUUCUCCUUAUAUCUGUGCUCCUUUUUGGUUUCAGCAACUUCUGCCUCACCCUCAUCUCUUACGUUUACAUCAUUUCCACCAUCCUGAAAAUUUCCUCAGUGGAAGGCAGGAGCAAAGCUUUCUCCACCUGCACCUCCCACCUCAUUGUGGUUGGCUUAUUUUACAUUGCCGCCUUUUUCCGGUAUAUGAAACCAAAUUCAGAGUUGCUCAUAGAUCUGGACAAAGUGGUUUCUAUCCAGUAUAGCAUCUUAACACCCAUGUUAAAUCCGAUUAUAUACAGUCUGAGAAACAAAGAUAUCAGAACUGCCCUGGGGAAGAUCUUUGGAAAGAGAAUGUUUCUUCAGUAA